AUGAAGCGUGUCUUUUUCGCGUUGAUGUGUGCCCUUACGGCGCAGCUCUGCCUUGCGGCCGGCAACGGGAGCACUGGCAGCCUUAGGUCCGACGCGCUGAUACACACACAUGGGCAAGCAGGCGCUCGGGGAUGGAGCGCAGUCCACCCGUGUGACCGCUACUCCUCGUGGAAGCGCACGACCUCUCGCUGGGACUCGUUCCUGCGCCGCAACGGCAUGGCGCUCUGCAGGAAGAACUACGGCGCCGAUGGCAACUGCCUCUACAACGCCAUUGCCGGCAUCCUUAAGGACUACGAGCUCACGAUCCAGAGGGUGGGCAUCACCGUCAAGACGUUGCCGGCGGGCAUCUCGAUCUCUCUGGAGGACCUCCACUUCAGCGGCGAGUACUACACGGUGGCCGACCUGCGCCGCAUCUGCGCCAUCAGCUUCAUCGGAGUCGACCCGAACAACCUGAACGCACUGCCCUUCUGGGAGAAGGACAUUUUCAUCACCAAGCUGGAAAUCCUAUCGCAAGUGGAGGGCUCAUCAGAUUACGGAGACAUGAGGUGGGGCCCAAGCAAGUUCUACCAGGAGAUCUUGGCCGGUGGCGACCGCGUUGACAUCGCCAAGAGGGUCUACAACAUGCUCUCGCAAGUGAGGAACCCAUACACCUGGGGGUCGUACGAGGAUAUUGACGCGCUCGCCCACGUGCUCAACCUCGACAUCAUGCUGUUCUGGAACACCGACACGAAGAUCCAGCUCUUCAGGGGGCACCGCCAGCCCAGGGAGAGGCGCUCUGCCCUGCUCCUGUACUACACCGAGAUGGUACACUUCGACGGUGCGGGCCUCGUCAGCGACAUCACCGUGUCGCCGCCGGUGCCGAUCAGGAGCAUGUACAGCGCGAACACGUUCCCGGACUUCCUGAGGGCACUGUCCACAUGA